CGCCUGCUCUCAAGAGGGGAAUACAACGUGUACAGCACCUUUCAGAGUCACGAGCCUGAGUUUGAUUACUUGAAAAGUUUAGAAAUCGAGGAGAAGAUCAAUAAAUCAGAUGGCUCCCGCAACAGAACGCUGCACACUUUCUCCUUUCUGCAAACGAUAAAACCAUCAAACUAUGGAAGAUCAGUGAAAGGGACAAACGAGUAGAUGGAUAUAAUCUUAAAGACGAAGACGGAAGACUGCGAGAUCCGUUCCGAAUCACAACACUACGGGUUCCUGUGCUGAUGCCGAUGGACUUGAUGGUGGAAGCAAGCCCACGCAGAAUAUUUGCUAAUGCACAUACAUAUCACAUCAAUUCCAUUUCAGUAAAUAGUGAUUAUGAAACAUACCUUUCUGCAGACGACCUCAGAAUAAACCUCUGGCAUUUAGAAAUCACAGAUAGAAGUUUUAACAUUGUAGAUAUAAAACCAGCCAAUAUGGAGGAGCUGACGGAGGUGAUAACGGCGGCCGAGUGUCACCCGCACCAGUGUAAUGUCUUUGUGUACAGCAGUAGUAAAGGAACCAUCCGCUUGUGUGACAUGAGGGCCGCCGCGCUCUGUGAUAGACAUAGCAAAUUUUUUGAGGAGCCAGAAGAUCCCAGCAGCCGGUCGUUCUUCUCAGAAAUCAUCUCCUCCAUAUCUGACGUCAAGUUCAGCCACAGCGGUCGAUACAUGAUGACCCGCGAUUACCUCUCUGUUAAGGUUUGGGACCUGAAUAUGGAGAACCGGCCCGUAGAGACCUACCAGGUACACGAGUACCUACGUAGCAAGUUGUGCUCUCUCUACGAGAACGACUGCAUUUUCGACAAGUUUGAGUGCUGUUGGAACGGUUCAGACAGUGCCAUUAUGACGGGUUCCUACAACAAUUUCUUCAGGAUGUUUGACAGGAACACGCGCAGGGACAUCACACUGGAGGCAUCGAGGGAGAACAGUAAACCCCGUGCCAUUCUCAAACCCCGCAAGGUCUGCACCGGAGGCAAACGGAAGAAAGACGAAAUCAGCGUGGACAGCCUGGACUUCAACAAGAAGAUCCUACACACCGCCUGGCACCCGAAAGAGAACGUCAUAGCUGUGGCCGCCACCAACAACCUGUAUAUAUUCCAGGACAAAAUGAAUUAAAAAAGAGAGAGAGUGAUUUAAAAAUCAAGAAGAAACAAUAAUCAAGAAAACGAAACAUCCCUUCCUCCCCGUUCCCCCCGCACAGGUUGGAGGACGCUCAAGAAAUCUCGUACUUUGCAAUGAUAAGCCUAGUAGUUAAAUCUGUAAGAGAAAUAUGGCCCAGUUAUCAACCUGACAAUGAAGCAAAGCACUUCAACUUAAGCAGUGAGCUGAGAGACGGACUAUAUAUCAGUAAUUCACGAUGUUCCCAAACUAAAAUGAAUAAGGAAAGGCUGAUAUCAACAACCCUCCAGUAAAGGAACAGACAUCAAUCAGCAUUCACAAAAGUCAUACAUGUAUUUGUCUUUCAGCUGAGCCUAACGUUUUUUUGAUCUGAUGACCAAAAGUACGGAAGCGCACCAGGAUGAGUAACGUCUCGCUGUCAGUCGUAUGUAUACUCGCUGUUCGAAAUUCAGGCCUUCAUGAGCGCUUGUUUAAUGCCCGUUAACAUUCCUUCCUCUGGGCCGACUCUCAGGCCUUCAUGUUCUACCUUUUUUAAGCACUUAAAACAGGUCUCCAUUUUGGUCAGGUUUAUUUUGUUCGUUUCUUUCGGUUUUAUUUUUGUUCUGUUUUGAUUUUAUACUUUUUUUCUUGUUUUCUCAUGCAUAAUAAUAUCUACUCACUGACUGUAUCUAUAUAUCACACCAUCUGGUGUCGAACCACUUAAUAAAAGUAACGUAACUACAAAGAGAAAGCGUUUUCACGUUAUGAGCAGGUAUGUAUGAUUUUUACGUUCUGUAUUUGCAUGUAAUCUGCAUAUGUAGAUCUGGAGCGCAAGUGGGUAAAAUGUGAAAUCAUCCUGCCAAACCCAAAUCUGCAGCAUUAUUGGGGAUUACCAUAAAAAAAUAAAAAAAAAUUGGUGAUUGAAAUGACUUUCGACGAAAACAAAUUGGCCCAAAUUUUUUUUUUUUUUUUAACUUUAUGAAUGCAACAUUAGCUUGUAGGUCGGCUGAGUCAAAAAAAAAAAAAAAAAAAGUCUGAAAACACAAUUCCCUCAUAAUGUUCAGCUGGGAAGCAAAUCUCCAUAUUGUACUACUUGAAUUUGCAGUUGCACUGUUUGAUUGAGGACAUUGGCCAUGAAAUGCAUCAGUAUUGCUGUCUAUUUCACUUAAGAGUUUUCAUUUUACGUAUUUGUUUUUUGUUUUGUUUUUUUUUACUUCGUAAAGGGAUUCUACCGCCUUAAGUCUGUCUGUUAGUCCUAUAACAGUCCUCAACCGGUAACCUUGAGGACUACAUGAUCUCAAAAACCUGUCGCCCAUAUGAUGCCCAGCUACCUUUGACAUGCAUUAUUUUUUUAUUUUAGCACUCCAUUUGUCUGUUCAUGUGCUGCUACGGUUUGUGAGGCUUAGUAUUUGGACACUAAUAUACGAGAUGUCGGUGACGACUGUCGCGAAACACUCAAAUCAAAACCACAUCAGAAUGAGGUUUAAAGAAACCUUUGACAACAUACAGUUUGUGCGCUGCUGAAUUUUGACAUGCGGCUGCAAAAAUGAUGUCAAAAUGACAAACGUAACUUAACGGUUGACAAAUACAAAGUUGUUGUUGUUCUAGCUGAUUGUGACGCUCUUUAAAUCUGGGAACUGACAGGUCGGAUACGUACUCCCAGACCUUGUUCCUUGUUAAAUGAUGAUGAUGCUAACAUUGUGAAAGUGUACACUUGUUUGAUUAUUUUUGACCAAAGUUAAAUAAAAUUUUAAUUGUGUUUA